AUGUCUAUCACGGAUAAACAACACUAAGAAUGAUGAAGACCAGUUUGCUUUUACUUUGCUUGGUAGUGUGUUUUACACAGGGGGAAGCACAAUGCCGGGAUGGAUGGCUAAGAUUCCACGACAACUGCUACCUGUUUUCGAGAGACAGGGCACCAUGGGGUGACUCAGCGGCUGUAUGCAAUGCUUUUCAUAGUCAUCUUGCAAUUGUGGAGUCUGCAGAAGAAAAUGCAUUUCUGAAGUCGGAACUGAACCAUUUGCAUGGCGGCGGGUCGUCUGCUGCGUAUUGGCUUGAUGGUACUGAUAUAGAAGUUGAGGACAUAUGGCGUUGGACAUCUACUGGUGACAAAAUUACUUACCUUAAUUGGGCAGCAAACCAGCCAAACAACGGCCAUGCGUCUAACUGCAUGUGUCUGUAUGGGGGCCUGUCAUUCAAUAUGGCUGACGAACACUGCAGUACAAAUUAUAACUAUAUAUGCGAAAUGAGUGCUGUUGAUGCUAGUGAAGUUCUUGGAUGAUCCCUAAAAUAUAUUUUUUAUUUCCAUAAUUAUAUUUUAUCGUAUUGUUUGUUCUAUUGAAUGAAAUAAAUAUAAUAAGAUAAAAUCUUUGCUCAUGUUGC